AUGUAUACACAAAAAUCAGUAUGGAAUAUGCUAAGAAUGAAAAGAAAAACAUGGAUUGGAUACAUAAUAAAGAAUAGUCCUUGGAUAACCACAAUAAUAGAGGGAAAAGUUGAAAGAAAACCUGGAAGAGGAAAGUCUAGAACUCCAUUUUCAAAAGGCAUNCGUCGUGAAUCCGUGGCUGUUUAUAAGGAAUUUAAUAUUCAGAGGCAUUAUGAAACCAAACACAAAUCAAAAUAUGAAAGUAUUAAAGAUAAGGCUCGCGAAUCUAAAUUGGAGUUAUUAAAAAAAAAAUUCGCGGACGAGACAAGCGCUGUCAAAAGUAUGUUUUCGCGACAAGUAAAAGGAAAGGACGAUAUCGUUACAGCAAGUUAUAAGAUUGCAAAUCUUAUUGCGAAAGAUCAACAAGCGCUUAAUAGUGGCGAGUUUAUUAAAAAGUGCAUCAUCGCAGCUAUUGAAGAAAUCGCUCCUGAGAAAUGCUCUGCAUUCAAAGAAAUAAGUCUAUCUCGGCCCACCAUUACUCGUCGCAUAGAAGACAUUGGUAAAAAUUUACAAGAUCAGUUGCAAACAAAAGCAGAACAGUUUUCUUUUUUUUCCUUGGCUUUGGACGAAAGCACGGACAAUCGUGAUACAGCGCAAUUACUCAUUUUUGUGCGGGGAAUAGAUCGAGAAUUUACAAUAACUGAAGAGCUUGCAUCUUUACAGAGCAUGAAAGACCGCACAUCUGCAGAUGACCUUUUUGAAGAAGUUUUGCAGUGCAUAACAAAGUUGAAUUUAAAUUGGAAAAAUCUUUGCGGACUAACAACAGAUGGUGCACCAAGCAUGAUUGGUUCAAAAAAUGGAUUAGUCACAAAAAUUUUGCAUCAAAUGGCCACUCAAAAUUUAGAACAGCCAUUGCCUGUUCAUUGCAUUAUUCAUCAGCAGGCGUUAUGUUGCAAAGUACUCGAAAUGGACCACGUCAUGAAUGUUGUUAGAGACAUUGUGAACUUUAUUCGUUCCCGUGGCUUGAAUCAUCGGCAAUUCCAAGCAUUUUUGGAAGAAGUCGGUAGUGAAUUUUCCGAUGUUCUUUACCACAACCAGAUACGUUGGUUAAGCCGAGCCCAAGUAUUAUCACGCUUUUUUAAUCUUCUUGCUGAGAUAGAGAUUUUUAUGACGAAGAAAGGAAAAAUAUUCGUUCAACUUUCUGAUUCAUUGUGGCUUUGGGACUUAGCCUUUUUGACCGACAUAUCUAGUCACUGCAAUGAUUUAAAUUUAAAACUACAGACACAGGUAAAAUUUGUAGACUUGUUGGAAAAAUUAAAAACGGAUUUUCAUACACGGUUUAAAAAACUUAAAGAACAAAGUAUGUUGUUUCGAUUGAUUGAAAAUCCUUUUCAGAUGGAUGAAGCUGUAGUUCAGGAAAAUUUUCAAAUGGAAAUAAUAGAACUGAAAACUAAUACUUUACAGAAGGACUUGUACGAAGAAAAUCGAAAGAAUUUACCAAACUUUUACAAAAAUCUUGACGACGAAAAUUUUCCUGAAUUAAAAAAACUGGCUCAACGUGUUUUUUCAAUGUUUGGAUCGACAUAUCUGUGUGAACAAACAUUUUCAAGGAUGAAAUGUAUCAAAAGCAAAGAAAGAUCUCGCCUUACAGAUGAUCAUCUUCAUUACUUACUAAGGGCUGCCACUACAAAAUUUGAACCUGAUAUCAAGAAGUUGGCGCUACAAAAACAACCUCAAGUUUCACACUGA